AUGCCUCCUUUAAUGGUUUUCAUCACAGAAAAAAGCAAGCUCCACAGCUACAUGGACAGGCAGUCUGCUGUAAAUUCAAUUCAGACAUUAGAGUACGGCCAUUUGGUUUUCUCUUUCUCCUUUCUCUUCUUCAAAACCUACAACCAAAGAAUGGGUUUCUCUUCCAGAGUUUGAGAUCUCUCGGUGAAAACCAGCCUCAAACAUGGUCCAUUUCCUCAAGCAUCUCACUGAGGAGACACUCGCACUCAAGAAACUGCUGAUUCCGCCAGAGUUUGUUAGUAAUUGUGGGAAGGUGAAUCUGACCAACCCAGUAGUUUUGGAACCAACUGUUGGAGAUGUACUUGAGGUGGAGGUGGAGCUCUACGAGGAUGCAAGCGGGUUUUGGUUGAGGAAUGGCUGGCAGGAGUUGGUAGUUCAGUAUUCUCUGAGUCAAGGCCACUAUCUUGUGUUUGAGUACAAGAGCCGCUCCAGGUUUAAGCUUGUGAUGCUUGGUGCAAAUGGGCUGAACUUGGAGUUUCCAGCUUCCAGUUUUGUCAACAUUGGACCGAACGGGAACCAGGUGGUUCCGGAGGCUGUGGAGGAAGAAAUCACUGUCAAUACAGACUCUGUGGAGUUCUUAGGCACUUCUCUGGCUAAGGACACGAACAGCUACAACAAUGGAGGUGGUGGAAGGCAGCAGGCACAGCUGCAGUCUGGUGAGAAUGCGAAGCUCAAUGAGUUCACAAGUGCCGGGAAGAGAAGAACUUAUGUUGGAGGGAAAAGGAAAGCAAACUUGGUAGCUUCACAGAAGAAUCGAGUUCUGCUUUCUUCUAAGCGUAAAAGAACUGAUGGCAGAGGGAAAAGGAAAGCGAACUUGGUAGCUUCAAGGAAGAAUCGAGGUGAGCCAGUUGCUAAGCGACUUUUUGGCGGUCACAAUACCAAACGGAAAGAAAAUCAGGACUUUGUGGAGUCUGCAGAGGCAGAAGAUUAUAUAGAUGCGAACUUUAUGGAAUACUUAGGCUUUGUUGAGGAGAUGAACAACAACAAUGGAGAUGAUGUGGGGCAGCCACAACAUCCACAGUCUGCAGAAAAUGCAAGUCAAAAUGAGUUCAUGAGUGCAAGAAAGAGAACUAGAGUUCAUGGUGGAGAGAACAUGAAGGUGAACCAGGAAGCUCCAAGGACAUAUGGAGAUACAGGAAGCCCCUCUGGAAGGGAAAAUGCUGAGACCUCUCACAUUCCAUCCAUGGCUGAACAAGAAGCUUCUGAGAGACCUUCCAGCUCAAGGUGUUCCAGACCCACAACUAAAACGCUAGAUGGGUUCAACUCACAACCUGGUUUUCUCAAAGUCAUUGUCACUGAAAGUUCCUUGGCAAACAAAGGCUUGUUGAUGCAGGGAGGUAUGAUUGAGAGGCACAUCAAAGCUUGGAAUGGGAAAAUGGUGGCACUUCAAGUUGAACAAGAAACAUGGCCUGUAAAAAUCACUACCUGCAAUGGUGUGCCUACUCUUUUCAAGGGCUGGUUGCCAUUUGCGCGUCAUCACUCUCUGAAAGCAGGCGACACACUCACAUUCAUGCCCACCGAAACUGAAGAUUUGAUCAGUGUUCAUAUUCUGCGUUGUUAGCAGACGAAUGCUGCUUGUUAGUUGGGAAGUUCCAACAACUGUUUAAUGUAGUUUGUGAGAAUGAUUAUCAUCGACUCAUGGUAGCAUGUUUAAUGACCUUCGAUCGUUUCUUUGCUGAAUGUGUGAAUGCUCAAGUAGCUGUUUCUCUUGAUGUUCAUCUGCAGCAGCAUGUGUCUAUAGGAAGAAUCUAUUGUACUAAUAGCCAUUACUAAAUGCUGAGAAAUGAA